AUGGCUCCAGGAAAUAAAGAUAGACAUCCAGGCCACACUGGAACUAUACCCAAAACCAAAGUGCGUAACAAUUGUAAUGUGCCCCAGGAAGCUGUGACACCUACUAGAAGAGAUAUGGCAUCGAAUUUAGUGACAACCUCAUUAGAUUGGGUGCCUGUAUCAGAGUAUAAUCCGAGAAGUAGCAACUGUAAUCAAUCACGAAAACAAACAAAUAACACCUCUGAACAAGAAUUUGCUGAUUUGGACAAUUCAGUGGCUUUUGAAAGUGGAUUUGGGAGAUUUGUGCCUGUGAGGCCGCAACCUAGGAUAUUACCCCUUACUGUACAAAAUCGGGAACACCUACCUAGUGACCAUGAACAUAUAAUAAUUAAUGACGAUGCAAGUUCUUCUGGAUCACAUACUUUGCAUUCAUUCUCACAGCAAAAUGGUUUGAUACCUCACUCAAACCAUGCCGCAGCUGCUGUUAUGAUUGUGAAUCCAACUACUCCAAACACUGUUACAGGAAAUAAUAUGUCACAGUCUUUUAAUCCUCAAAAUCAAAAUAGAAAGAAUUUUGCAAGAAAUCUGAAUUCACAUCGUCAACAUUUUGAAGGCCAGAACAAUAAUUCAAAUAAUAACACUAGUCCCGUUGUAACAAAUAGCAGAUUUGGUACAAAGGCUGUAAAUUUAAUGAACAAUAUGUAUGAUCCGGGGCAAGGAAGUUUCAACAAUAUUAAUGAGAAUCAUGUCCAUAGGGAGUCAGCACGUGCUUUGGGUGAAGCGAUAGUCGCAGCCUGUCCUGAUGCAGCUUCUGUGGAGAGAAGACUUGGACAAAUAAGGGAAUAUAUAAGAGUUACGUCUUCACUUGUGGACACUAUGCGUAAUUCCGAAGAUGAGGCCUUUAUUGAACACACCAAAGAGGAAUAUGAUGAGCUAAUUGAAAUGAUACAGAAGUUAAAAGAGAGUGAGGAGAAACUAGAAUCACUUCUACUAGAGAAAACUUCUGAAACAUUAAAUGCUUUGCAAGAUGAGACUCAUUCUCAAACUGAGAGGAAGAGUGACAAUGCUUCUGAACAAAUUAGCAUUUCAAUCGUUGGUGAUGCUCUUGUCAACAAUAAUAAUUUGAAAAAAGUCACAAACAUAGAAAACGAACAAAUGAAUAAAACAAUAAGUAACAACAAAAAUAAUGAAGAAUCACAGAAAGUCAUUGACAAUAAUAGUCUUGGGCACUGUGAAAGUAGUGAAGUGGAGAUACACGAGAUAGAAUCAAUACCUUAUUCUCCUUCUGACAUCAAGAAAGAUGAUGAAAUUCUGAACGAAAUCUUACGAAAAAACAUCAAAUCGUGUGCUGAAAAGAUGGCUAUAAUUGAAGAAAUGAAAAGUGUAACUAAAGACCCAAACAACAAUGAAAACAAGCAAGAUGUUGUUGUACGACCGGUAUCGGUGCAAAGCAAUGGAUCUGCCUACAGUGAAAACGAAUUGUGGCAAAAUGAAAUUAAAAAUAAAAUGGAGAUGUCCGAGAUGCGCCUAACUGCUUUGAAGCAACAGCAAAAGAGACUGAUAAAAUAUCAGGAGGCAGCAAAACAGCAGCUAGAUGAACUUAAUAAGCAAAGCCAGGAUGUGCCUCAUGCACCGACUUCUCAUGAGAACUUUUCUACACCACAGAAUGACAACGCCAACUAUAUAGUGCCGAACCGAAUGUUUGCGACGAAUCAAAUAGGAGUAGCGACCACGUUACCCCAGGAAAGUUUUACUGCUAAUAACAUGGAAACGGAACACUCACGGUCAAACCAUUCUUUGCAUAACCAGGAUGAUAGAUUUUCAAUGCGAGAAGCAAAUAUAGCAAGCAGCGAGGAAGCAGUUGAGGGCCGCGACAGUGACGCUGACGAAGAUCCCGAAGGAAUACUACAGGAGCGAGGUAGAAUGCUGCAGCAAAAACUACGCGAGUUGCAACUUAAGAAACAGCACAUGGAAAAUUUGGUAUCCGAAUUUCAAAAACUGCAGAUGGCAGCCAGUAUGGGUGUAGCUCGUAAUACAUAUUCUAGCUCGGGUGAAGAUAGCGCUGAUGAAGAACCUGCAAGAAAAUGUAACAAGUCGGGAGCUAACUUGAAAAACGAAGAUCCCUUCAAACUGAUGGAAAUAAAAGCAAUCAAAACGGCCCUGCAGAAAACAAAAGAUUUGAUGAGAUCAGUUGAAACAUUCGAAGCGGAUCAUUUAACAGGGGUCCCUGACGUCACUUUCCAUAUGCCAUCGCAUUCUAACAAUAUACAUGAUAAUAAAUCGGAGUGCGACGGCAGUGUUGGGGGGUGGUCGGGAGACGGCAGCGUGUGUCGUGUGCUUAAUUCUUUACCACAUCGACACAAGUUCACUAAUGAGCACUCGCUGCAAGCUCAAAAUCACCUACACCCGCAACAGUCUCAACAAAUACAACACCCGCAACAUGUGCAACCACCGCAACAUGUGCAGCACCCGCAACAUUCGCAACAGAUUCAACAUCCACAGCGACUGAAACCGCUCCAACAGCGUGAGCUAUCAAGCCACGAAGCUAAUAUCAACUCUCUCCAGGAGUUAGCGCAGGAACUUCGCAUGGAAACUGAGAAGAUUAUGGGUGAACGAGCUCGAAUCAAGGAUCUAGUCACCAAUAAAGAGGCAAAUCGUAAACAAAAGAAGGUGAAUGAGGAAUCGGCUAGCCGCGCUAGCUCUUGUCCGGGCCCGGCCGAGCGUAGGCAGAUGCAACUGCGCGCGCUUCUCGCCGAAAAGCAGAGAGAACUAGAGGCUCUGCUUAAUAAGGAGGUAAUUAACUCAAACUCUGAACCGCCAAAAGCGAAAACGGAGUCUUGUGCGGGAUCUGUUGCGAAUCAAUCCUACAGCGAGCCAGAAGAACCCGAAUCCUCGGAACACAUUCAAAUGGACUCGCAGAAUUCUAGAGAAACCGAAAAUUUCAGGGGUGGUGGCGACAGCGCUUUAGGUAGUCGAUCAAACAACACAGCACCAUCGCAGCUCCCCAGUGCUUAUUGCAGCGAUACGGACAGCGUGUCAAGGAGUAAAUCUAAUCAAAGGAACCGAGUCCGUCGCCGUCCAACACACGACUCUCGCCAUUCUGAAGAGAAUACUAAUGCACCGCAGCAAAAUACUGCGGCAAGUUCCAGGCAUGAGCCAAGACCGGAACCGUCAAACGUGAAUAUGACGCCGCCAGCAUCACAACACUCUGAGAAUGUAACAAAUAUGCCUUAUCCACAUUUGCCACCUUGUUGGAAUUCCAAGUCUAACCAGGAUAUGCGAACUAACCAGUUCACUCAGAACAGCCAGUCGCAGACGAUGGAGCGUCUGUUAGGAACACCGCAGAUGUCCUUCCCUCCCACUAUGCCGUUCAACAUGAUGCUUCCGUAUGGCGGAAUGAUGUGCGGUCCGUGCGCAUGCGGCUGCUCUUGUGGGGCCUGGGGUGCGUGGUGUUGGCAGCAGCUGCUUCUCCAACAGCGGGACAUACAUCAUUUGCGACAACAAAUUAACCAUCUGGAAGAACGUUGGCGCGCUGAAACAGCGUCACACACGCUCAAUAACCAAGUUCCCCCAGGAAAUCGAGCCAACAACUACUGGGACAAUUUUAGGAGCUACUCCCGACAAAAUCUUCUGUCGACAAAUAGCAAAACGAACGCGGAUGGUCAUUUGGGUGCAUCGCCCGCAAAUCCACACCCUUUAGUUGAACGGUCUCACAACUCCCUACGGCGAGCUUCAUCCCAUGCGUCACAUACAUCCCACGCGUCGCCCUGCGCUACGCCCAAACGCAACACGAACGCCGAAGAGCCCCCGCGACAAGCCCGCGCCAACGCAAACGUUGCCUACGAACGGUCUCUUUCUUUUUCCUCCGCGCCAGACGUUCUCAAUCUCAACCAAAACAUCGAAGACCAAGAAGAAACGACCGUCGCGAACGCUAAUAUCAGACAAGAGCCCGCCAACGCUCUCAGAAAUCUCAACAUAACCAACCCCAUACCCGAAAUAAUUCAAUCUCACUCCAAUAAUCUUAAUGCGACUACUAACAGUAAGAAGAAAUCGAGUGCAAAACUACCCUCGAAAAAUUCUGCUAAUCGACGUAAUUAUAACAUGCUUGAUUUCUCGCAGACAAGCAACAUCAAUAUAGCGAGCACUUCAGAAACACCCAGCCUUAAUCACAAUUUGGCAUCUACAAGUCGCGAGGUGCAGGAUAAGGCUACGUCCAAACUUUUCGACUUACUCCGAGAGAAUAUAUUCUCGGAAGUCACGACUUUGAUCGGUGUCAAUGAAUCGCAUCCGGAUUUCUUGAUACAGCUGUUCAAGGAACUAAAACACAUCAGUUCAGACCGGCUCAGACAAAAGGUUCUACAAUCUAUACGACAAAUUUUAUCACAAUAUAGCGGCGCCUUAGAAAACCCAAUUGUCGACACGACUCAUGAUGAUUAUACCAAUGAAGCGGUAUCAUCCACGGAUCACGAAAAUUAUCAUUGCGAAAUGCAAAAUAGUUGCUCUCAAAUCGACAACAGAAUCGUUCGUUUCUUGUUCUUAAAAAGUGAUGAAAUAUUCACACCAGAACUCAUAGAAACAUUAGCAAACAUUGUCGUUAGUAACACAACUGAUAGCAGACAGCACAAGAAGCUUCUAGAGUCGCUUUCAAAAUAUGAAGGCAUCAGAGUUCGUGAUGCUUCUAGCGACAUUAUUGAAAACUUAUCGAUCACGACUGGUGUCAACGAUGCUGAAGACUCUACGCAUCACACCAGCGAAAUAUCUGAACCUUCGAUUCUGCAAGAUGUCGCUGGUUCCUUGAACUUAUUCAGUUCGAGCGAGACAAGACUACAUCAAAUGAAUGCGUGUCCUUACGACAUGUGGCCGGGGCAUGUUCACAUGGAUAUAGAUUCGACAGAUAUCCACGAUAACAAUAGCCAGGAAGGGAAAUCUGAUCUUAUAACAUGCUCGGAAAUGCUUAACGGUGAUUUAGCUGAAGCAGAUCAGACUUGUCGCUCCGAUGUCAGUGAAAACGUAAAUAGGCAAGACGAGACUGGAGCCAACGCGGAGGCGCUGCCAGACGUCGUCGACACGGAGGAAGUCACACCCACUGAGGCUGAAGCUGAAUGGAUCGGACUUGAUCGUGUGCCAACAAGGCUGCAUAUGGAAGAUUUAUCUGAAAAACAGAAAGAAUAA